AAAACGAGCUAUUUCGGGCCCCGGCGCGCAGCCCCCGGGGGCCAACCUGGAGUGUUCAUGCUCAUGCCCCCUGGCCGCUGAGCACCCGAGGCUGAGUCAGAGGCACAGAAUUAGGCCCGACCUACUCUGGGGUAGGGUCUGUUCUGUGUCCUCCUGACUGCCUGGCAUGGGUGCAGCAUUCUCCAGGAGUCUGUUACUAAGACUGAUGCGUCAUCCUCAGAGCUGCCAGCCCGGCGGGAGAUGGAUUAAGAGGACUGAGAACUCUUUGGUGGACUAAUCGGGACCCAGGGUCCCAACUGCCACAAUGAUUAGCCACACCUAUAAGGGUCUGCCUCCUAGACCUUUAGCUUCCCCUUCUAGAAAUGGAAAAAGGCUUAAUGACAUUUCCCUGGUGUCCUUUUCCAGGCAUCCAGCAGGCGUUUAAUAACUGGCCAAGUAAUUAUUGAAGUUUCUAAAUAAGGAAUACUAAUGGCUGAGUUUGGCCUCAAUCCCAGUGUCCCUGAGAGGCCCGCCGCAGGGGCGGCACAGGGCACAGUAUAAAUCGGAGUCAGCGUGCGUUUGGGCACUGCGGGGCCCAGGGUGGCAGCGUAGGAACAGGAUGGAGAUCCCCGUGCCUGUGCAGCCUUCUUGGCUGCGCCGUGCUUCAGCUCCUUUACCGGGUUUCUCUGCUCCGGGACGCCUCUUUGACCAGCGUUUCGGCGAAGGGCUGCUUGAGGCAGAGCUGGCUUCACUGUGCCCUGCUGCGAUCGCCCCCUACUAUCUGCGCGCCCCCAGUGUGGCGUUACCCACAGCCCAGGUGCCCACCGACUCUGGGUAUUUUUCCGUGCUGCUGGAUGUGAAGCACUUCUUGCCAGAGGAAAUCUCUGUCAAGGUGGUUGACGACCAUGUGGAGGUCCAUGCUCGGCACGAGGAGCGCCCGGAUGAACACGGAUUCAUUGCUCGAGAGUUCCACCGCCGAUACCGCCUGCCUCCUGGUGUGGACCCUGCUGCUGUGACCUCAGCACUGUCUCCUGAGGGUGUCCUGUCCAUCCAGGCCACACCAGCGUCGGCCCAGGCCCAACUUCCGUCACCACCUGCUGCCAAGUAGGGGUCCCAGCAGCACAGGACCGAACCCAGGAAGCCUCUUUAGGCUCUCUUUUAAAAGCCGAUCUGACUCCACUGCCCAGCCAGAUGUCCCAAUCGCUGUCAAGACAGCCCUUCCCAACCACAUCUAGAUGUCCUCCGGAGACCUUUCCACCCCAAACCCUACCUGAGCCUUAGUAACCUAGACAGCCUCCCUAAGCCUACCUGAGCCCUAGGAACCUAGACACCCUCCCUAAGCCCUCUCCCAGCUUUCCGGCCCGACCCAGGACACCUCUCUAGGGACAACACAAACACUACUGUCACCCCUCAGCCAAGGCUCCCAUCAAACUGACCCCACUUUGGGCUUCUAUCACCACUCAGGCCUCCUACCGCACUUGUAACCUGUGUAGAAUACCCCAAGGUGACACCAGAGUACAGUGUAGUCACCUAAUUCUCCACAUGGAGAAACUGCAUGGGCUUUCCACAUCAGCACAUCCAAGCCUAGUCCACCCGUCCUACCCACUAGUCCUGCUCUUGUAACCUAAUGCUCCUCUGCCCCAGCCCACUUUCCCACUUAAAACUCCAGGCACCCGAAUUCUUGAAUACUAUUCUGACUUCCAAGUCUUGGGAAACCUAUUCCCAACUAACCAGGAACCCCAACUCAAAUUGUAUGGACACUUCAACGUCUCCAGAUAUGCUAGGCCAAUGAACAAGAACCCUUGAGUUCCUCUGUCCCGGCUGCCCAUCUGCAGCCAGAUGUCUUAGGGAGCCUCCUCCACAUCUGCCAUUCUCUAAGGUCACACCUUCACUGCCAACAUUUCCCAUCUCCGCAGGCCUUCCUACCAUCAGUCCCCAAUAAAUGCACUUGAGAUUUGUCAA